CGGUUGAAGCAUUUCAGUUUACAUCAGUUUCAAUGCGACUCGCCAUCUUCACCGCUUUCGUCAUCGAUAACUCCGAAUAACCUCGACACGCUUGAGUUGGUGUAUCAUAGCUACGGGUCGGACGUGACGGAAAUGCUCGUGGACUUGAAGUCAUUACGUGGUCUGACGACGCUUGUUGUAAGGCCCGCGAGCACGGAUGACCUGGAGAGUAUCGGGACCAUCCUGGAAGCGACUAAAGAUACAUUGGAGAGGCUGGACGUUGGGACGAUGCGGAUGAUCAACCGGCCAGAUGGUCUCCCGCGCCUCAACCUGUACCAUCUCCAGUCACUCUCCCUCUCGAUUUCGGACAAUCCUGUUCAUCGGCCGUUGCUUCGAUGGUGGACUGAUACGCUCAGGUCUUCGGGCGGAACGUAUCAGCUGGAGGAGCUUGCCAUCAAUGUUGGAGUGCACUUUUAUGAUGCGGAUGUUGAAGAGAGCGAUGUGGUCUCUCAUUUCUUCGCUGAACCUUCUCAGUGGGAAGAGCUGGACAAGGUACUUACUCAGCCGGAAAUGAGGGAACUGAGGAAAGUUUUGGUACGGGUGCAGUUGAGAGAGGGUGCGGAAGGUGCGGCGUCGAUGAUGCAGGCAUUAGAAGAUGUCAUUCGCAAGAGCCUUUCGCGUCUCGGCAGGCAGAGCCUUCUUGAGGUUGAGGUCACUGACUGUUUACAUCGACAGGGGUGCGCCAAGCGUGAAUAAUGAUAAUCACUGCAUGUAUCAAUGUAUUUCUGUAGAGCUGGCAUUUGUUUGCUAUUUCUGUGCGCGGUAAAAUCCUGUCACAGUCGGGUUUCAUCACCUCCGAGAAUUAUAGUGGGU